AUGCAACAACUCCCACUCCAGUCAGUAGCCUGCCGGCAGGCUUUCAGGAUUGUCGUGCCGUCUGUGCGCCAUGUUGGACUACCUCAAGUCUCUUCCCUCCGUCCUUUUCAGGGGAAAGUGGUGGAGGAAGUUCAAGAAGAGCUACAUCCACAAGAAGAACAAGUUGUUGGACUUAGUAACGAGAGAAUUCCUAAAAGGUUAAUAUUUGCUCUGCCGAAUGGUAAGCGUCCGAAGGGUAGACCGAAGUGA